AUGCGGCUGGUGGACGCCGGCUCCCAGCUGGUGGAUGCUGGCCUCCCGGCUGCCUAUUUGUGUGCCAGGAGGGCAAAGGGAGGCCUCCAUGGAGGAACUCUACACGAAAUCUCUCCCGCAGGAAUCCGGUCACAGAGGAAAACGCAGAGCCUAUACCAGGCUGCUGGCUGAAUUCUCAUUUCCCUGGGGGCUCUCAGUGUAUUCUCUGGAGUUUUCGCUUUCUCCCCUGUCUCUUCUUACAAGCUUUGGUUCACCGGACCGAGUGUCUGGAUUGCUUGUCCCAUCUGGAAUAGAGCUUUGGCCACCACGACUGGUAUACUUCUGCUGUUGGCUCACAAAGAGUGGACCAAGAGAUACCUGUGGGAAACUAGUUUCACCUUUGUGAUCCUGAGCAUGAUGAGAUGUCCACUUCAUUUUGCAGUAGCCUUGGAAUCUGCUCUCCUUGGCCCAUAUUGCUUCUACUCGUUUUCAGGGAUAGCAGAGACCAAUUACCUUGGUUAUGCCGUUGCCUUCCCUUUUCCAUAUGCAAACUUCCCAUCAGCUCGUGUGGACCCACCACACUAUGAAGAGUACCACCUGACACUUCAAGCCUUCCACCUGUGCCUGAGAUUUGCCAUGCUCUGUGUGUCCCUGACUGUGUUCAUCAAGCUUUCUGCAGGACUUAUCUGGAAGAGACACUUACAUAUGGAGGUGAAGGUGUCAACAAUUUUAUUAACAUUUAGUUUAAAAAGCUUUACACCUGUGCCAUGCCAAGACAUAGAAGGUUCUUAA